GUGAUUCGACGCGACUUGAAGUACGCGCCUCGACGGCGAGACGAAGCGGGCGCCGCGCGAAUUCGAACGCGCGGACGCGCGUCGAGCCGUCGUCGUACUCGCCCCACGAUCUCGGAGCAUGCUUAACUUGUGCACCAGAUCUUUUGAGAUCCGAAAUUUUUUGCCAGGAAAGAAUUUCAUUUUUCGAAGCAAUCGUGUAAAUGCAACACGUUGAGUUUACGCGCGAUUAAGUUAUCUCGCGUGCUCGAGGCGCGAGUGAGAGGUUUUUGCUUACCGAUCGAAGGCGAACGAUGUAUAUGUGUAUGUGUCUAUGAUGGUGACGCGAUAGAUAAUAAUGAUUUCGAACGAUCAUUAGAGAUUUGUGAGUAUUCUGGAUAGAGUGCUCCAUUCUUAGCAACUGUUGGCCACUCCAGCGAAUAUUUAUGAGAAUUUUGUACAAAUCUGAUAGUGGAUCUAUCUUUAAUGUGUGUAAAAAUGAAACACAUUUGUGUGCAAUGAGAAGGUGAUAUAUUUUUAUUUAGCACAUACGUGUCACACAUAAGAUUUAAUUUAUCUGUUGGAUGUCUUGAUUUAUACUUUUAUAUCUCUCAUUUUGAUCAAAUAGAAUUAAACUUAAUUGAAAACUUUCUUACACGAAAACACUGGUUCCAUCUAGAGAAUUGCAUUUAGAUCAUUAAAUGAUCGCGUGGAUAACAGCAGAGGAGACGAGGAAAGGAGUGAGACAAACGCACCGUAAUCGUCCGAGGGCGGAGAAAGUAUCUGACAAAGUUUCAAGAUACUUUCGUGGCAAGCAGUGAGCGAGAUAUUUCAAAGAAACUACAAUUAACAACAAAACACGAUUGAUAAUAAGUUUAUUAGCAUAACUUGAAAAGAAAACAUUUGUGCAGUUUGUCAAAUAAUUUACAUCGAUAUUAAAUGGAAAUAGAAAUGUAGACAAAUUUUGCAUAUGAGAAUAUAUCGUCGAGUAUCGUCAUAAUGUCUGCACACAGCUAUCAUAAAUUUAAAAACAUUAUUUAAAUUCGACGAUAAUAAUGAUAAUAAGCAAGAAUAGUGAUCAUUGAACCAUUUGAAAGUAAAUUUUUUGAUAUUGAGUGCGUUGACUUAAAGACACUCAUGCAAUUCGCGCCGAAUUUUUUCGCGUAGAAUGAUCAUUCCGGUCGAACUCAGGGUAUGGAAGAAAAGAGAAGAGAAGGGCAAUGAAGAAGAGGGAGGAAGAGCAACAGUGGUGGCGGCGCAGCAGCACGGCAUCGAAAAAGGAAAGCUACGCUGAUCAUCCAUGAGUGGAAGACCUCGGCGUUGCACCUUAGCGGACCUUAGUGUAAAAGAGAGAAGGAACGAAAGAGAGAAAGGGAGAUAAAGAUACGGAUAGCGAAAGGGCAAGGAGGGCAAGAAGAAAAGAGAAACAAAGAGUAAAGGGUCCGAGAAGGAGAGAAACAGAGAAACACGAAGUAACGAAGAGAUAGAAAGAAACUCGUAAAUUUACUUGUUUUCACAAAUACCCUUUUUUUGUAAAAUCAGAAUUAGCCAGAUUCUUAUUGAUUUUGCAGAUUCUUCCGAUAGAUAGAUUCUCGAUCAAGUAAGAUACUUUUGCAUUUGUGAUCCUUUUGAAGCUCAGAACUUUGUGAUGCGCGAGUGCAUCUAUUAAUCUUUGUCAUAUAGCUGCGUCCGAUACCAUUUAGAGAUAGUAUAAAUCUAUAGCAAUUCUACUUCCGCGAGUCGAGGUUGGUCGCGUACUGCCUCAUGAGGCCCCUCACCUUCGAGAAUCUGAGGAGGCUCGUGAGCCGCAAGAAGGAUCGCAACGAGCCCUCCUUCAAGCGCAGCGAGUCCUUCAAAAGAAUUUCUAUAAGAAAGAGUUAUCUGGAUCGGGGUAAAAGACGGAACCGUCUUCAGAAAAAUUUGGAUCCCGGUGUUAAUUCUCCUUCACAAUUAGAAGCAAAUGAUAAAAUUAUUUCUCAACAAAUUAAGGAACAAGAACUCAAGAAAGAUCAAGAGCUUUCCCUCAGUCGCGACUCUAUUACUUAUGAUGAGUGGCUUCAAGGAGUCAGUUCCUCUUCUCGCGAGAAGCUUCACGAGGAUCAUCAGCUUGAAUCUUUUCAACAUCCUAAAAUUAAGACCACAAAACUUAACAAACGUACCGGCGAUGCGGAUUCGGUUGUCGAGGAUCUGAAAAUUCUCGAGCUCGAUGCCUCACCUAUUUUAACAUCCAAAUCUAAAUCUUUCGGUAUCAUUACUGAUCCAAGUCGGGACGAGACAACAAAUGGACACGACACUUGGACCUCAGAGCCCUCUGUGGAAGGACCACUCAGUGUCAGCAUCAGUCUUGGUAGGAUAUGGAGGGAUGCGAUGCCAGUUCCGGUCUCGGUUCCGGUAUCAGCCCAUUCCUAUCCCUCUGUUUCGAGUUCUUUAGUUCAUCAUUCUUUAGACAGCGCUUUAAAGGAAAAGAAACCACAGCCGACUGUCGCGAGAACGGUCUCAGCACCGGAGAAGCCUGUCAGCAAGGAGACUUCGUCCUCAUCCUUCGGCUUUUCUCUUAGAAUUGCCAAAUUUGCUGAUUUCAGACCAGGGGUGACGCGAAAUGGUUUCUUUCGUCGGAAGACGCCAAAACCAUCGCCAAGCGUGAGUACGGAGGGCUACUUCAAACGAACAAGCGCGUCUAGACGUUCCAGUUCACGUCGUCGAAGCGGUAAGAGAACCUCUCAACGCGCUAGCAAGAAGAAUCAGCAACCUGCGGCUCGCACUAGCAGCCCGGUAUGGUUUGUCCCGCCAGAGAGACGUCGCUCGAGACGUCAACGACGAGUCUGGCGGGAGAUCAGAUAUUUUCCUGAUGACGAGGCUCCGAUCUUGGAGAGGAUUAACGACUGGUCAUCGAACGUGUCGGACGAUCAGUUUGACGAUCAGAAACUGUUGCUAUCAGGAGAUUUCAACGAGCGUCGGGAGGAUGAUGCCUUGAACUCAAUUAUUUCAUCAUCCCUGGGCUCUUUUUCGGCAACUUCAUCUUCAUCAUCGGCUUGCCCUGCCCCAAAGAUUAGUGACUUCAACGAGGACAAGCUGUUUUCCGAAGAGCUAAGGAGCAAUGGCUUUUUGGUGCGUGGGACUCCUUGGAAGUCGCUUUCUGCAACAACAACAACAACAACAACGGCAAUAAUAGCAACAACAAUGACGAGAACGAUUGUUUCUGGAAAUUAUUUUGCCAGUAGCCAGUUUCUCUCUUUUUUAGCUAAGGAUAUUGUCAAAGAGAAAUCGAAAAUUGAAAAUUCUAAUACGGGCUACAGGUGUCUCUCGUCAACUGAUAGUGAGGAUGAUGAUGUUGAUUGUUUUAACGAGCGCAGGAAAAAUUUUCCGCAACAACGACAGCAAUAUCUGAAGAGACAAAAAUCAGGACUUAGAAGAAGACCCUUACGUCGAAAGUCACAAUUGAAAAAAGCGUCUGGUCAGCCGGUAUUUCUUGUGCGCAAGUGUUCAUCCUUGAGAAAACGUCCCAGAGAUAUUACGCAGAAGGGUUAUGAAAAGAAACGAACACGUCUACUUCAGCAAUACGCUUCGAAGCAGAUAGGUGGUCGACUAGCACCUGGAGGAAUCGUUAGUCCCCCGGGUUCUGGUGGCUCCACAGGGAACACUGGCAACUCAAAUUCGGCUGCUGCAGCGGCGGCAGCGGCAGCAGCGGCGGCAGCUAGACGUGGUAAUCGCAGACUCACACGCAAUGAGAGCCGUUAUCAUUCCGAGGUGCGCCAGGAGGCAGUGCAACAGGCCUUGGCAGCGAUGCAGGGACGACCGAAGCCAUCCUUGCCAAUGCCGUCUAAGAGAACCUCCGUGAUGGCCAGAAGCCCCGAUCGGGAAAGACGCGAUAGCGGCGAGUCUAGUAGCGACGAGGAUAGCGUUGUCACUGAGGAGAGUCCGGGAGCGGGUGGCCCAACUGGUACUGGUCUUUCGGAUACCAGCAGUACAGGUUCCGCUCGCGAUACCCCGCCGCCACCCAGACCGCCGGCCAGGAGGCCGCCCGGUGCCGAUAUCACCGACAUUGCCGAGUACACACCGCACGCUUACUGCAAUAUCCAGCCACCGGACGUUACCCAUGUGACGAGCAAUACUCCGGUUGGACAACAGCAAUCGGCGACGCGGCGGCCUGGCGCUGACCGUGUGAAUCGUUACGCGCACGUGGUUGAAGAUCAGAAUAGUACUGGUACCACUGGACGCUGGAAGGUCUCUGCAAAGAUCCAGCAAUUGUUGAAUACGUUGAAACGGCCAAAACGUCGACCACUACCGGAGUUUUAUGAGGAUGACGAUAUCGAGUUGGAAAUUGCAGCAAAUCCGAAGGAUCCAAAUGCUCCUAAACCUGAAGGCGGUUCCAUGACAUCGGCGGUAGGCGAGGCACUAUCGGUUCCAUCGGGUUUGCCGCGAUCUCUCGAAGCUGCUAUUCAAAGGUAUGGUUCGGCAACGUACAAAGCACCUGUGGCAACCGUCCUGGAUCCUAAUGGCAAACUUUGCGUAACGCUCACGUACGGCAAACUGCUUAGUCGCUCUCAUAAGAUCGCUUAUACUCUUCUGAAUAAGGCUCUAAGUCGUGGUGGGGAUUGCUGCCUGAAACCAGGCGAUAGAAUCGCCCUGGUUUAUCCAAACAACGAUCCGAUCAGCUUCAUGUGCGCCUUUUAUGGUUGUCUUCAGGCUGGUAUCGUGCCAGUGCCCAUCGAAGUACCUCUGACCCGUCGUGACGCGGGUUCUCAACAGAUCGGUUUUCUUUUAGGAAGCUGUGGAAUUCAAGUUGCGCUGACUAGUGAAGCGUGUCUGAAAGGCUUGCCAAAGACGGCAGCUGGUGAAGUGGUGGCAUUUAAAGGUUGGCCAAAACUGCAUUGGUUUGUCACCGAACACCUAGGCAAAACGCCCAAGGACUGGAUGCCACCACCACGACUCACUGACGACACACCUGCGUAUAUUGAAUACACUACAGACAAAGAUGGCUCUGUGAUGGGCGUAACUAUUACUAGAGCAGCGAUGAUGUCUCACUGUCGCGCUCUCUCGCAGGCAUGUGGCUAUACCGAAGGCGAGAACGCUGUCUGCGUAUUAGAUUUUAAGCGAGAAGUUGGUCUCUGGCAUAGCACUUUGACUAGCGUGCUAAAUGGAAUGCAUGUUAUUUUCAUCCCUUACGCCCUGAUGAAAGUCAAUCCCGCUAGUUGGAUGCAGAUGAUCACGAAGCACCGUGCCAGCGUCGCGGUCGUAAAAUCGCGAGAUCUUCAUUGGGGUUUGUUAGCAACUAAGGAUCAUAAGGAUAUUUCUCUGGCAUCGUUGAGACUGUUACUCGUUGCGGAUGGUGCAAAUCCCUGGUCUCUCUCCUCUUGUGAUCAAUUUCUCUCGGUAUUUCAAUCCAAGGGACUUCGGCCUGACGCUGUCUGUCCUUGCGCUUCAUCGAGCGAAGCUCUCACAGUUUCCGUGAGAAGGCCAGGACGCGCAGGAGUCAACGCGACUGGUCGUGGAGUUCUCUCCAUGUCCGGCUUGAGUUACGGAGUUGUCAGAGUAGAUCAAGAAAAUUCUCUUACAUCGUUGACGCUGCAAGAUUGUGGACAAGUCAUGCCUGGAAGUAUAGUAGUCGUUAUUAAGAUGGAAGGACAGCCAUUUAUUUGUAAGACGGACGAAGUAGGUGAAAUUUGCGUACAUAGUGCGGCGACCGGUAGUCAAUAUUGGGGUUUGCAAGGACUUACCAACAAUACCUUUAAAGUAUCACCCUUACAAGCCGAUGGUGCUACCUUAGGUGAUGUCGAAUACACACGUUCUGGCUUGCUUGGUUUCCUUGGUCCUGGAGGACUUGUGUUUGUUUGCGGAUCGCGGGACGGUCUUAUGACAGUGACUGGUAGAAAACACAAUGCCGACGACAUUAUCGCCACUGUGUUGGCAGUCGAACCGAUGAAGUUUAUCUAUCGCGGCAGAAUCGCUGUUUUCAGUGUGAGAGUCCUCAGGGAUGAGAGAAUAUGUGUCGUUGCCGAACAACGACCUGAUUGCAGCGAAGAGGAGAGUUUUCAAUGGAUGUCUCGAGUAUUGCAAGCAGUCGAUUCAAUCCACGCAGUUGGAAUAUAUUGUCUUGCCCUGGUACCACCCAAUUAUCUACCCAAAACACCAUUAGGUGGUAUUCAUUUAUCAGAAACAAAGCGCCGCUUUCUCGAGGGUGCUCUUCAUCCGGCCAACGUGCUUCUCUGUCCUCACACAUGUGUCACUAACCUGCCAAAACCGCGCGAAGUUCAUUCAGAUGUCGGUCCAGCCAGUGUCAUGGUAGGGAAUAUUGUCCAAGGGAACCGAUUAGCGUCUGCGCAGGGACGAGACAUGGGUGUUCUAGACGAGGACAGUGACAACGCCAAAAAGUACCAAUUUAUUUCUGAAAUUCUACGGUGGCGUGCUGUCAGCACUUCAGAUCAUGUGAUAUUUACAUCGUUGAAUGCGAAGGGUACCGUGGCUACCUCAUUAUCCUGCUCGCAGUUACACAAGAAGGCCGAAAGAAUCGGAAAUCUACUCUUGGAUAGAGGAAGAGUUAAUACUGGCGAUCAUGUGGCACUCAUUUUUCCACCUGGUACUGACUUGAUAUGUGCAUUUUAUGGUUGUUUGUACGUCGGUGCUGUUCCGGUAACCAUCAGACCACCUCAUCCCCAAAAUCUCCAAACGACGUUGCCGACUGUUCGCAUGAUUGUGGACGUUAGCAAAUCCGUUCUCGUAUUAACUAAUCAAAACCUUCUCAAGUUGUUAAAGACAAAGGAAGCGAACAACGUGGUUGACGUGAAGAGUUGGCCAAUGAUUCUGGAUAUGGAUGACAUGCCAAAGAAGAAGCUACCAGUGAUGUAUCGGGCACCCACUGCGGAGAUGCUGGCCUAUUUGGAUUUUAGCGUUUCAACAACGGGCAUGCUCGCUGGCAUUAAGAUGUCUCACGCGGCAGUCACGUCGUUGUGUCGUGCCAUGAAAUUAGCGUGCGAGCUUUAUCCUUCGAGACAUAUCGCUCUUUGUUUGGAUCCAUAUUCGGGCCUUGGCUUCGCUUUAUGGUGUCUUAGCAGUAUAUAUAGUGGACAUCAUUCUAUUCUGAUACCACCAUCUGAAGUGGAAGCCAAUCCUGCACUUUGGCUGUCGGCAGUCAGUCAAUCCAGAGUAAGAGAUACGUUCUGCUCGUAUGGUGUUAUGGAAUUGUGCACUAAGGGACUCGGCUCCUCGGUUCACGCGCUUAAAGCACGAGGCGUUAGUCUAGCAUGCGUAAGGACGUGUGUCGUUGUCGCCGAGGAAAGGCCGCGGAUAGCGUUGACAACAAGUUUUAGUAAACUAUUUUCCGCUCUCGGCCUGAGUCCGCGCGCAGUCUCUACUUCGUUUGGUUGCAGAGUAAACACUGCCAUUUGUUUACAGGGAGCUUCCAGUCCGGAACCCUCGACAGUCUACGUAGACCUUCGUGCAUUACGUAACGAUCGAGUAUCCUUGGUGGAACGGGGCAGUCCGCAUUCUUUGUGUUUAAUGGAAUCGGGCAAACUAUUGCCCGGCGUGAAAGUGAUUAUCGCAAAUCCCGAAACCAAGGGUCAAUGUGGAGAUUCACACUUAGGCGAGAUCUGGGUGCAGUCUUCGCACAACGCAAGUGGUUACUUCACAAUUUAUGGCGAUGAAAGCGAUUACGCCGAUCAUUUUAAUGCACGACUAGUCACUGGCAAUACAAAUGAGGUCUAUGCAAGAACAGGCUAUCUUGGCUUCCUGAGAAGAACCGAGAGUGUUCAGCAAUCAGUGAUUAGCGACGUACCCGGUGAUACUAAUAAUGCGUCCGAGGCUGAUCUUAUACCGAGCGAUCCGGAACUUCACGAUGCUGUAUUCGUCGUCGGUGCUCUCGAUGAGGCCAUUCUACUGCGAGGUAUGCGGUAUCAUCCAAUAGACAUCGAGAACAGUGUCAUGCGGUGUCACAAGAAAAUUGCGGAAUGCGCCGUAUUUACAUGGACCAAUCUUCUAGUGGUAGUGGUAGAAUUGGACGGUAGCGAAAGCGAGGCCCUCGAUCUUGUGGCUUUGGUGACGAGUGCCGUGCUUGAAGAGCAUCAUUUGGUGGUCGGCGUAGUAGUUGUAGUGGACCCCGGUGUGGUACCCAUUAACUCGCGUGGUGAGAAACAACGGAUGCAUCUGCGUGACGGCUUUCUCGCGGACCAGCUCGAUCCUAUCUAUGUGGCGUACAAUAUGUGAAUGGGUGUGCAAGGGUUCUCAUCCCUUCUGUAUCCCGCCCUUCUUCUCGACAUUUCUUAUGGUGUUCGAUAUGUUGAGGCUGCAAUAGAACUCCAUUCGCGAGAAUUUGCUUCAAAUAUGAUGAUGAAACUGUUUUAAACUUUCAGAUUUGGAAUCUUGAAUCGUGCACGCGCAUAUAUACACACACAAAUAACAUUCCAUAAUUUUAUACAUUUUUUUCACUCUAUAUGAAUUACAUAAUUGUCUGCAAUUAUCUUAAUUAGUUACUUGCGCAUAAGAUCCGCUAUUGGAGCAAAUAAACAAAAAAUUGAAAUAAAAGAUAAAUGAACAAAAUGAAAAUAUAAAUGGAGUUCUAUUGUACUGAGGAAUGUUAAUGCACGCCAGCAAAUAUUAUUGACAAGGUAUGUAUGUACAAAGUUGAAACAUUUUUAAAACCUGACUGCCACAAAUCCUUGGAACUGAUUAAAUCGAAAAAUCAGUAUUACAUUAUGUAUAUUAUAUAUAACAAAAAAUGAUCAAUGACAAAUCAUACAAUCGACGAUAAAUGAUAGAUGCAGUAAAUAUAAACUUGCCGCUCCUUAGCUUCUUUCUAAUAUUCAGUAAAAUUUUAUCUCAAAAUAUUCACUGUACCUCUCAAUUAUCGAUAGUUUUGCGAUAUUGGAACUGCACAACGAUCGUAUUCAAUUUCAGCCUUCAAUCCUCAUGUUUGUAAAAUGAAGAUGCGUGAAAAUUUUUGUUUAUUAGGCUGCAAUACGCACAAAAUCGCGAUUUUGUAUAUAUUAAACCAAAGUUUUUGUAUCGCAGCAGAUGCGAGAAACAUAUUGAUGUUUUUUUUUACAUUAGUUUGUAAUUAUCGUUGCGAGAAACACUCUCUCAUUGACGGGAGCAACGAACAAUUUCGUCGCGAAAGCGAUUCGACAAUAUUUGAUGAAUUGUUUACAAUAAUUUUUUAUAAUUGUUGAAUGUGUUUUUAUGAUUGUAUAGCCGUCGAAUUUAAAAGCUAUUCGGAAUC